ACAGCACCUUCGAUUAGCUUCAAGCUUCAAGACCAGGUUACCACCGACAAGUCAGCCAGGAUGUCCACGACGUUGACGAAAAAGCAGCAAAAAGCCCAGUCCUUUAGGACCAAGGGAGGCAAGGGAGGGAAGAAGGAGGCGCCCGUUCCCGAGGACGUUCCCGAACAAGACCUCUUGGACGACGAGGACGGCGAUGACAACAAGGAUGCAGGAGAUGUAUCCCUUGCGACCUUGAACAUCGACGGAAGAGAUUCUCAGAAGACGGUCGCAGAUUUAAAUUCCACGACUGAACCGGAUGGAAAGAAGAAAUCAAAGAGUAAACUGAGUAAAGAGAAGAAAUUACGUGAAAAGCUGGCUAGGGAGGCAGAAUUGGCGAAUGGCAAGCCGGCCGGAGAAACAUCUGCAGGUCAGAAGCGGAAACGAGAGGAAGACGUAAAACCUGUCACCAAGGUGGAGAAGGGCAAGAACAAGGCGGUCGACGCGGACGACGAGGGCAAGGGGCAAGCCAUGGAGGUCGAUGGAGAAGAGGGCAAAGAGAAGAAGAAGACCAAGAAGGAUAUCAAGCAACGAUUCAUCCUCUUUGUCGGCCACCUAUCUUUCAAGACGACCUCUUCCGAACUAGCCGCCUAUUUCGCUCGAGAAACCGGCCAUUCCCCCUCCGUCCGUCUCCUCACGACUAAACCUCCUGGCCCGCCCAAGUCCCGGGGGAUCGCGUUCAUCGAGUUCCCCACUUCCUCCUCCCUCCAGGCGGCCCUGAAACUGCAUCACACUGAACUGGACGGAAAGAGGAUCAAUGUAGAGCUGACCGCUGGAGGCGGAGGGUCGACGGGGGAGAGGAAGAAGAAGAUUGAAGAGCGGAAUCAGAGAGUAGGGGAACAGAGGGUGAAGCGGAAAGAGAGGGAGGCGGAAGAGGCUGGUGAGGAUGGGGAAGGGGAGGGUGGGGCUGGAGAGGUGGGCGAGGACGGGGAGCCGGUCAAGAAAAAGACCAAAGUGCGGGGUGGGAGACGAGGAAAGACGGACGACAAGGACAAGGAUGACGGAGCUCUACCAGGAUGGUCCGCGCGAAAGUCUGGGACGUUUGCGACAUCAGGGACCGGACCCGCCUCUCGUGGUCGAGGUCGAGGUGGUGCUCGGGGUGGCGGAUCAGGUCGGGGAAGGAGCGAUGGGGGCGGUCGAGGAGGUGGCGGUGGUGGUGGCGGGAGGUACUGGCAACCGACCGGCUCGAACGCCACCACCGUUGGUUAGGCCUAGCCUUCUUUCUCGCUGUAUUUCUUUCCAUUGGUACACGGUUGUAUGAUUAUAAUUUCGUCGCCUCGGCGGGCGCCCAUGUAACGGCAUGAUCCUCAUCCACAUCACAAUACACCCUCCUGCAUCACAUAGAUCCACGCCACAAGGAUCACUUGCGCUUCUUGCCGCCGCCCUUUUUUCCCGUCGCACCUUUGCUGCCCCGACCGCUUUCCGCCAGAGCAUGUCCUUCAUCUCGGACGUGCUCGAAUAACUUCGUCUUUGAGGGAAACUCUUCUCCACAGACGUUGCAAGCGUG